AUGAUCUAUUGCCUUUGCGGCGUUCUUAUCAUUGUUCUUCGGGUUGUGCCCCGGCGGCUGGUAAGCCUGCGGCAGCAGGCUUGGCAAAUUCUGGUGAAGAAAAGUGUCACGCGAGGCUGCCCACAGUGGUACAGGCCGUUUGCCUCUUCAACCAUUGCCCUUUGGCUGGACAACUCUUUGACCGUGAUGUACAUCUCCUGGGCUUGCCGGCUCAUCUUCCGCAUCAUGCCGUGGAUGCUGGAAGCUUUGAACAUGAUAAUGCCCUUUUGGACAACCAGCCGCUGGCAGCCAAUCGGGUUUGCGAGCGGUUCCCAAGUGAGCGAUGCCGUGUACGACAACCUGAUGAGCGUGAUGCGAAAGCUGAGAGUUGCCGCUCUGGUGGCGCUCUUUUCCCGCAUGCUGCUAAAUCUGAAGGACCCGAACCUGUCUCCGUCGCAGAUUCCGAUGGAGCCUGGGCAGGCAACGAAGGGUGCCACGAUUGUCUGGAGGCCUCUGGUUUGGCUUAUGGGCAUGCGGGUGCGGCCCCGGCUGAGAACCUCCAACAUGCGCUUGCUGCUGGCCGACAAGUGCCUAACGGGCGCCAUCUACAUGCUGCUGCUUGCAGUGCCCUUGCGCUUGGUGAACGUGCAGCUUCGCACCGUGCUGGCGGUGGGGGGGGUGGGUGGUCUGGCGGUGGGACUGGCGCUCCAGAACUUGGUGCAGAACCUCAUCUCCGGGAUCCUCAUCUACACAAAUGCCACCAUUUGCGAGGGCUUGGAGGUCGAGCUCCAGGAUGUAAACCUGCAAGGGGUCAUCAAUGAAGUUGGUUGGUUCAACACCACCGUCAACGGCUACGGAGGAGCCAGGGUGACGGUCCCGAACCGGCGCAUACUGGAUGGCACUGUGGUCGACAAGACGAAUAAGCGCUACCGGGUUUGCCAGGCAAAGUUAGUAGUCGUCUUUGAGGAUCCUGGAAAGCUGGAAGCACUGGUGAAUGCAGUGGAGAAGGACCUCCGGAACAAUCCCAACGUGCUUCAGUCAUCCUCUGUGCUGCAGAUACGCAUGGUCAACAGAGGCCACAUCAAGAUCUAUGAGCCGCAGUUCUGCUUGACGGGAUGGUCACCAUAUGGUGCGAACUUCUUCCUACGGGCAUACAUGGACAAAUCCUUGCAGGGGGAUGUCUUCUUGAAGUACCAGAGCAAGCUCAUGAUCGAUGUGGCCCCUUCCUGCCGCUGCCUCCAGAAGCGACGCUCGCAAAGCCUGAAGCCAGCGAGAAGUGACGAGCAUGCCAAUGCCAACUCGAAAUUAGCGCGCAUGGGCUGGGUGAUUCCUGCGAAGAAUCGAUGUGAUGUGGUGAUGGACCUAUGGUUGUGGGAGUUGCGCUUCUACAUGGAGGAGGAUGCCCGAGUUCUGGCGAAGAGGCAAGCCAUGGCACUGCUGUCAAAGCAGCCAGUGUGCAGGGCGAGGCGCUCCGGUCGCUUUGCGCGGUGGACGUGGCUGGAACCUUCACUGAUGAAGAGGGUGCCGGUCCUUGCGGAGCAGGAGGGCGCGGAACAGGCAGAAGUAAAGUGCGAGCAGACAACCACUCCGAAGGAAGAGUUCGGACAAAGGCAUGUGGGGAAAAACGGCUCGCUUCCGCUGGAGUCUGUUCAUGAGCAAUUGGAGAGGCAAGCGGCCUGCCGCAGCAUCGCCGAGGUGCUGGCUGAGAAGCUUGGCUGCACAGCCCCUUCGGCCUUGGAGGAUCGCUUGCUGGCGAAGGAGGCCGAAGUGGCGAGCUUGCAGCAGGAGGUUCUCAGCUUGCGAGCAGAAAAGGAGCAGCUGGAGUCCGCCUUGGAGGCAGCCGAGCAGCGCAUCGAUGAGCUGGCCGCAGGCGCCAAAGUUGCGCCGCCGCCCAAAGAGUCCUCGGCGCCGGCUGCCCACUCCGUGCCUCAGGUGCCCCAGCCCAAAGCGGCAGAAGGCAGAGCCUCAGGACUGAGCGAAGGGCCCAAGCAGCAGGUUGCUGCCCUUCGACAAGAACGCCUGGAGGGCAUACAGUCCAGCACCAUGCGGGAGAUGUUCCUGGGAUGUGUGGAGCUGUUGGCUGCGGACAUCUAUGCCUCCCGGGCCCACUUUGUGUUGGAGUUGCUGCAGAAUGCCGACGACAACGAGUACGCUGCAGGAGUGAACCCGACAGCCCGCUUUAUUUGCAAGGCGGGGGCCACACCCUACAUCGCCGUGGUCAACAACGAAGUUGGCCUCACGGCACAGGACCUGGCCGGCAUGUGCGCCAUCUCCAAGUCAGCCAAGAAGGACAAGGCAGACCGCACAGGCCGCAAAGGCAUCGGCUUCAAGAGCGUGUUUGCAGUUUCUUGCUGUCCUCAUGUCCUCAGCCGCUCCUACACCUUCAAGUUUGACGUGCGCAAUGACCGCAUGGGCUACGUCACUCCCAGCUGGCUGGAAGAGGAGGAGCUUCGGGAUCUGCCGGCCGAACUGCUACAGCAGCACCAGGAAGGCCUGACGGUAAUCUACCUCCCCUUGGGCGAGUCCGCGCAGGCUUUGCUGAGUGAGGUGGAGGGCCACUUGGAGGCACUGGAUCCUGCAACCCUGCUCUUCAUGCGCCGCUUGAAGCGCAUUGAGUUCCAAAGGGCAGAUGGUAGGAGCUCGCGCGUCCACAUAGAGGCCAGGGCAGGCGACGGCCUGCAGAGGGAGGUGGUGUCCUCGCAGGCUCCGGAGGGCAACAGGACCUACGAAUUCUUCGUGGGGCGUCGCAUGUCCAGUGAUCAGCACGGAAGAAGUCGGCCUUUGGCUGUCGUAAACAUCAAAGAGGAGGUGAAAGCCAUACUGAUGCGUGCCAUCAUGUUGACCGGAUUCGCAUGUUCAGCCUUGCCGCUGCCCGAGCCACAGCCGGCGCGCGCCUUCGCGACCUUGCCGCUUUGCCACACCGGCCUGGGUGUGUGCAUAAAUGCAGAUUGGGACGUAUCAGCCUCCCGCGAUGGGGUCCACGAAAACAAGCACAACGAGCAGCUCGCGCUUGAGACUGCCCAGGCCUUCGCGGAGAUAGUGAAGGAGCUUGGCAUGCGCCUGCCGGCUUCCCCGGUGGACUAUCUUGGCGACCGCCCGCCCCUGUCGCGAUUUUGGCGCAAGGUGAGGGAGAGGUUUAUCGGCGCGCUCAUGGAGGCAGAUGUUCCCUGCCUGGCUGUGGAGGAUGCUGGGUCUCCGGGCCGCUUUGUGUCUGCCACGCAAGCACUGCGCCGACCCUUGAAGAGCAGUGCUGCCGAGCAGGCCGCCUGCGCGCUCGUAUCUGCAGCGCAGCUGCAGCGCGCCAUCCAGAGGUGCUUUGUACGCGAGCCGCUCCCACAAGGGGUGCAGGUGGAUGUCUUCGCUGCGUGUCACUUCGCCAGGUGCUUGCCGUAUUUGAUGGAGGAGGCCAUGGCUACGGAGGACUACGCCGACAGAGUGAAACGGCUAGCAGGAGCUUUCAAGUCCUUUGAGGACUUGGUCUCAGAACCGCGGCUCAGCGUGGAGAUGGGCACCCAGGUCCGCGCGGAGUUGGUGAGGGCCGCGCGCUGCUGGCCUUGCUCCUCGCAAACAGGAUCUGCUCUCAUCUGCGCCAGCGAGUUUGGCCCGAUCUUCCAGGCAGCUCCGGAAGCCCUCGCCUUCCGCCCGUCCUCGGAGGACGAGGCGAAGCAGCGCUGGCGUUUGCGGGUGCUGGUUCCGGAGGCAAAGGAAGCCCUGCUGCAGGUACCACGCCUGGCAGGGCUAUGCCACUUAAGGCCUUCGGCAGAGCCAGCUCACUUGUGCGGCCUGUCGCUGGAGCUGCACGGCCAAGCAGAGGAGGGCCUAGCUAUUCCUCGGGAGCUGUGGUGGUCGUCCCUGCGCAUCAUCCGCGAUGCCUGGGAGUCGCCAGAGGUGCUGGACGUGGCGCAGGCCGAUCCAAUCGUGGAGCAGGGGCGGCGGCUCCUUGAGGCGGACGUCCUGAGGUCCGUGCUGUUCGUACCCACCGAGUCGGGGCUGCUGCACGGCCCAGCGCUUUGCUGCCCCACUGUGCUCGGCCAGCAGGUGGAUGCUCACAGCUCCAAGCCCCAAGCGCUCCUACCGGUGCCACAUCCAGCAGAGGCCUCGGCGGAGGCUUUGAGGUGGGAGCGGUUCCUACUCAUCGCCCUCGGUGCUGAGUGCUUGCUGCCUCAGCUGGGCAUCCCCCAGGCUAGAAGAAUAUCAGCCAAGCUGCUCGACCCGGACUGGUGGCUGCUCAUUCAGGCGGUGGCACCUCACUUCUCGGAGCUUCUGGAAGUCCACCAGCCCUUGGGCAGCCUACCCUUUGACGAGUCCGCAUGCUGGGAGCUGAAGCAGUGCCUCUCCGCCGACUUCGCCGCCUUGCUGCAGGGCGUUCAACUUCCGACGGCCCGAGGGCCAGCUGCGGCACCUGUCUUUGGCUGCCGCAUCGGCGACUUCACCCCUCUGGCGCAGGAUUGCCUCAGACAGCUGGGCGUCACCUUCCACGUGGAUGGCCGUGCCCUGCUGGAGAGGUGCCUGGAUCCCAUGUUGCAGGCGCUUGAGCAGAAGUUGCCUGUGCAUUUUGCAAGCCUCUCCCGCGCAUAUGCUGCUCUUCAGGCCGAGGAGUUGGAGGAAGAGGUGCUGCAGUCGCUGAGGACCAGGAUCUAUGUGCCGAACCUCGGCGUUCAUGACGCCGGCAGUUGCAUGUAUCUACCCACCAGCCUAGAAGGCAUGGGCGAGCUGUUGGGCAAAAGCGACUUGCAACCAUGGUACCCCCAUCUCCGGCCCCUUUUCGUGGAGCGGCUCGGAGUGUCCACGACACUGUCAGCCUCCGGCUGCUUGGAGGCUCUGCGGCUUCUCCGGCAUCAAGGCGUCCCUCUCUCAGAGGAGGACAAGCUACUGAAGCUGGCAGCAGGGCUUUUGCUGCAGUUCUCCCAGUUGGAGCCAAGUCAGGCUGAGAUCUCUUCACUUCGCGAGGAGGAGCUUAUCCCCUUGCCCGGUGAGGAGUUGCGUUGGCUGAAAGCUUCGAGCUGCAUGUGGCUGGAUGUGGCAUCCACAGCGGAGGUGAGAUUCGCAUCGCUGCAGGCUCACUACCCCGGCCUUCAGCUUUUCUUCGUGGAAGUGAUGGGCGUUCCACUCCUGAGUUCGGUGGAGGUGCAAGCGCGGCUCCGCUCGGCAGCAGCCAAGGCCACUGCAGACAACCCGGCUCCGCUUCUGCAUGCGUACCAAGACUUGGAACGUCUGUGCAAAAUGGCCGAAGAUGGGCAGGAUGUGGCCUUGGCGUACUUGAAGAAGGACUUGGAGGACCUCUUAUUUGUGCCUGGAUUGGCUGAUCCGCCGGCCAAAGAUGCCUGCGUAUUUCUGCCACCUUCCCAGCGUGGCCUUGCAGAGUGUUGUGGCAAGCUGGACCUGGGCGGCUUCUUUCCAAACCUCCAGGACUACUUUCUUCAAGUCUUGGGCAUCUCCAGGCAUCUUCCAGCAGAGCAAUGCUUAGAGGCACUGCGCCGCCUGCAACGAGAGGAGGGGCCCAAUGCGUUCCACCUCGCCUGCGCAGCCUAUGCAGGCCUUGAGCAGACCUACGGCUGCGGCAUGCUGGCGGUGGACCACCUGGCGCUGUUCAGCGAGGAGCCGCUGUUGCUGGUGAGCCAGGCGACAUCUUCAAAAUCUAAGUCCUGGAAGCGGAGCGUGGAUUGCAUGUGGUACAAUGUUCCUGCCGUGGAUGCAGUGGGCACUCCAGCCUUGGAGGGCCUGCUGCCGAGGGACCUGGAGGAGUUUUGCAUCGAGGUCUUGGGCGUUCCAGCCAUGUCUGCAGAAGAGGUGGCCGCGCGCUUGGAUGUGCUCCGCCGUAAAAGCUCCCAAGCUGACGAGAGGAACAAUGGCCUUGCAUGUGAGGAGCAGAUGGUCACUGCCUACAUUCAGAUCCUGACAGCCCUGGACCGACGCUACAUGGCAGGCUGCCAGUUUCACAAUUCCGAACUGCUGCAUCAGCUGCGCGAGCGAGUAUUCCUCCCAGGAACGGGCUUUGUCAAUGCGUCCAAAUGCCAGUGGCGUUUCAGCCCCUCGCCCAUACGGACUCCUGCUCAUGACCUUGCAGAGGCCUACAGCGGUCGAAGCGAGGCAGCUUUGUUGCAGAGGUACUUUGUGUUCUGGUUAGGUGUGCCCACAUGCCUCAGCGUGGUGGAAUGUUUGGAUGGCCUGCGGGAGCUCAAAUCCACCAGGCUCUUACGGACGGACGAGCCUGCAGAAGGCCCAAUGCUCCCGCGGGCCCGCGCGGUCUACCGGGAGCUGGCGCUGGCCCUGCGCCGCGGGGAUCAGGCGCCAAGGGACGAGGCCCUCAUUUUCGUGACGGGUGCUGACAGCAACUGGUGCAAGGCAGACCAGUGCAUUUGGGAGCAUCCAGAGGACGCGCCGGAAGGUUGGAGCACGGACCGGGAAGAACUUGCCAGCCAAUAUGGCCACGACCCUUUGCUCAAGGAGUUGUUCACAGAGCGCUGGGGAGUCCCCGUGUCCGUUCGCUUCCGCAGACAGCAGAGCUCGGCGUCCACGGCGCCGGUCUCCGUUCAUGGGCAGCCCGUUUGGCUGUUGGAGGAGUCUGGCGAUGAGGGUGGCAACAUGCCCGACUCAAGACAGACCAUUGCCGGCAAUGUGCCGGAAAGUCGGGCAAACCUCGGCGAAGCUGCAAAAGAGAGAGAGGUCCAAAAGCACAUUGAAGAGGAGCCUAAGUCAGCAGUCCCAGACGGCCUCGAUGGAGAUCAGCCCCAGGGCGAGCUGAAGGUUUCGGAAGAUGCCUCAGCGGGGAGGGUGGCGGAGAAGCAAGCUGAUGGCGGAGGUGAUGUGCCGCCACCUGAGCCGUACAUGGAAUCAAGCGCGCAGAUCCGUGGCGCGGCCGUUGACGGCCGGCGCCAACGCCGAAUGAUGUUGGAAAAGUUGGCCGGAAGUGUCCUCGCUAUCCAAGACCACAGGCAAAUGGCAUCACGGUCCAACCAGGUGAAACAUCGAUCAGAGGUCUGUGUGGAUUGCAAUCCCCAGCAUGACCUCUGCAAGGUUGGUUUCCUGGAACUUCCCGUGGCGACAGAUGCGUCCAUCCCUGUGUGGGUUGAGCGCCAACAUCGCUCGGCAUCCACUCAGCGGCUGAAAGCCGCACUUGCAACUGGCGCUCUUUAUCGCUUUGCAGACCUUCUGCUGGCUAUCUCAGAGCUCUUUUCCGUCCCUUGCCAUGAGCGUGUCCACGUGUUCGAAGAGGACACCCAGACGGUGGCAUUCAACGGUGGCGGCUUGUUCUUCAACCUUCGAUAUUUUGUGGAGGAGCAGCAUGCAAGCUGCUGGGAAGAGGCGGUGAGCUUUUGGGCCGUGAGCUUUGCCCAUGAGCUGGCGCACUUCGAAUCACCGUUGCACGACAGGCAACAUGGCCGUGCGAUGGAGAUGUCGCAGCGUGCGGUGCUACCUGGGCUGCCGAAGGUGCUGGCACGGCCUUGGGGUGCAGCCCUGGGAACCCAAAACGCCGAGCACCGGCAGUGGCGCUUGCGAAUGGUGGAUGGCGGGCUGAUGUGA